AUGACUGUCCUAGAUAAUGAUACGUUUCUCAUACGGCUCUCUGAAGUUUUCAAAGCGGCCGAACCAAUCGGAAGAAAGGUCUUGUUGUCCAUGAAACGAUACACUUACGGCGAAAGAAAACUAAUUGCUAAACAACAAAAAGAGACAACCGAGUCUUCAUCAGAGGCUAAAGAUGUAUCAUCAGAUAUGGAAUAUCCUUGUCUUUUCAGAGCCGUCUGCGGAAAGACCAAGCUCUCUACAGUAGUAACAACCAAGGAUGGCAAUAAAUUUCUCAAUGAAUACCAUACACUACUCAGAGGAUUCAUCAAGAUGAAACCAAAAGACAGAAAGAAAGACAAGGAAAAGAAGGCAGUACGAGUACAGAAGAAAAAGGCUACUACUGGGUAG